ACAGGUCCUGGGUAAGUAACGGAACGAUUGGAAUUCACUUCCAGGACCACCACUGUCCUUUGUUGAUGUUGUGACUUUAUAAAGACAGAUUCCAAUGAUCGAUGUCUUUGAAAGAUUUCUACUGAUUAUUGAGAUCUGGGUGUGAGGCUCAGGUCUGUCAUACAGAACAUCUUUCUAGCUCAAGGGACAUGAGCUUGGGACGUCCUGAGGUGGUGAAAGCAGCUAUAGAAAUAACUUCACAGUUAGAAGCCGAGGAAAUAUCUGAGAGUGGACAAUGAUCGGGAAAUCUUACUUCCUCCUGUCACUUCUCCAAGUUGGACUGUCACAAGAGUGGAAAGGUGACACUCCACGAGAGGUGACAGCACAUGAAAGUUCGUGUGUACAGAUUCCGUGUCAUUACAGUUAUCCAUCACAUUUGGAAAACCAACCACGAGGUGGAGUCUGGUUUAAUAAUGAGGAAUGGGGAUCAUCGUCUACAGCCUUUCACUCCCAGGAUCACAGUCACGAGUUACCACGGUUCCACCAUCGGACCCGGCUGUCUGGAGACCUGAAAGAUGGCGACUGUUCCCUGAUUAUAAACAACAUCAGACGGGAAGAUGCAGGACCUUAUUAUUUCAGAAUAGAAUUUGACAACAGAAAUAGUUACAGCUACUAUCCUGUAACCCAGCUUCACGUUUCUGAUAAACCCACGAUAUUCACUGCUGAAAUUAUUGUAGGAAAGCUUGUGGAUGUAAGCUGCACCUUCAACACAACGUGCAAUGGAACAGCAGCACCUGUCUUAACCUGGGACACUCCCACUGACGUACGUGGAUCAGUCUCAAACACUGUAACUCAGCAUGGUGUCACUCUGACCUAUACUUCUGUUCUGACCCUGAUCCCAUCACUCAAACACCACGGACACACUCUCAGCUGCAGAGUGAGAUAUCCAUCUGUUUCAUCGGAGCGGACCUUCGUACUAUCUGUGCAAGAUGCACCACAGAAUCUCUCAAUUAAUUCUCUUGAUGUGAUUAAUGCUUCAUCGAUCAAUAUAAUUGAGGGGAAUUCAGCAGUGAUAAUCUGCUCUGUCGAGAGCUUCCCAGCUUCUAACCUGACGUGGCGACAUCUUAAUGUCCCAAUGAACAGAACAAGUUCCAACAAUGAGCUGUGGUUGGUGAUUCCUCAUGUUACGUCCAGGGAUACUGGAGACUAUCAGUGUGCGGCAGAGAAUGAACAUGGAGCAGUGGAGGGGUUCAUAACCAUCACUGUGGAAUAUGCUCCACAGAAUCUCUCAUUUACUUCGCUUGAUAUGAUUAAUGCUUCAUCGAUCAAUAUAAUUGAGGGGAAUUCUACAGUGAUAAUCUGCUCUGUCGAGAGCUUCCCAGCUUCUAACCUGACGUGGCAACAUCUUAAUGUCCCAAUGAACAGAACAAUUUCCAACAAUAAGCUGUGGUUGGUGAUUCCUCACAUUACAUCCAGGGACACUGGAGACUAUCAGUGUGUGGCAGAGAAUGAACAUGGAGCAGUGGAGGGGUUCAUAACCAUCACUGUGGAACGUAGAGACUCAAGUAAAUGGACAGUAGGAUUGCUCACGGCUGGGAUCAUGUUGAGUGUUUUCCUGGCUGGAAUCUUAAUCUUCAUCUGCGUGAGAAAGAGAAAGACAGCGAUGGAGGAGAGAGGUUCAGGGACCAAUUACAUUGCAUUGACCCCCAGGUCACUCUCUGUAAAGCACCAGGGUAAACAGAACGUGCUGAUUACUGAGCCCUGAGACACAACCAGAGACACAACUAGCGAGAGGGAGACCCCAGCAACCUGGGAUCUCUCUGAAGGUCCAGUGGGAGGUGAUGCUGUACAUGGGAACCCCUACAAACCAGACGAGCUUCUCUACGCCAACAUCAACUUUUCAAAGCUGCCCAGCGGUGACAGGACUGUGCACAGGAGCGAGGAAGCAGAAUAUGCACAGAUCAGGUUCCAGAAAAACUGAGUGUGAAACAGGGAGCAGGGCUGUGGGGUGUGUGCAGCCAACAUGGCCAAAUAGUAAUGAACAGAAAUAUGAUGUUGCUCAACUUUUUUGAUUGGUUCUGAGUGAGCUUUCUGAAUGCUGUACCUUACUCCAUGCUGUAAAAGAUUGUGAGAAGCUUAUGAAUUAUGCAUAAUUUUACAUCUGUUAAUACAAGGUGAGGUGAGAG